GUCGUUUCGGAAUAUUGGAUUUUCUCUCUCUGCUCUAAAUUUCGCUGUUACCUUUCAAGUGCACAUAAAAUUUGAGCUUUUACUUUUCAGUACACUGUCACUUUUACUGCACAACUAUGGCAACUACGCCGAUGAUUCCACCGCCGGCAGAUGGAGGCGCGCCUCCACCAAGCAUGGCGCCGCCGCCGCCGCCGGGAACAGACAUGACUAGCAUUUGCUUUCGCGAUCAGCUAUGGCUCAACACGUAUCCACUCGACCGAAACCUAGUUUUCGAUUACUUCGCCCUCUCUCCCUUCUACGAUUACUCGUGCAAUAAUGAGCAGCUUCGCCUCCGCGCUAUUCACCCCCUCGACAUCUCUCACCUUUCGAAGAUGACAGGAACAGAGUUUAUGUUGAGUGAAGUGUUGGAGCCUCAUUUGUUUGUUUUUAGAAAACAAAAGAGGGAUGGACCUGAGAAAGUGACGCCUAUGCUGACUUACUAUGUCUUGGAUGGAUCAGUGUACCAGGCGCCUCAGCUUUGCAACGUAUUCGCUUCUCGAGUUGGACGCGCAUUGUACCAUAUAUCGAAGGCAUUCAAUACUGCAGCAUCAAAGUUGGAGAAAAUUGGAUACGUUGAUGCUGAAAAUGAGAGUGCAAGCUCUGAACCAAAAGCUCCUAAAGAGACUAUAAACUUCAAGGAACUUAAGCGUGUAGACCAUAUUCUUGCUUCACUGCAACGCAAGCUGCCUCCCGCCCCACCACCACCACCUUUUCCUGAAGGCUAUGCCCCUCCCACUGCCGAUGGGGAGAAAAGCUCCGAUGCCCAGCAGGAGCAGUUGGCGACCGUUGAUCCUAUCAUCGAUCAAGGCCCAUCCAAAAGAAUGAAAGUAUAACAAGAUAUCUGCUUCGAUUCAAUAUGGAGGCACGAGCAGCCAACAAAUCUUGAAAAACCAACCUUUCAGCAAACUGUGAGUCUUUACUUUUCCAGUAUCAGUCUAUUUCUAACUUGCAGUAACAGAUAGCCGAUGCUGACACUUGACAUAGUUAGUUACUAGGUUGUCCGUGUUGGGUUGUAACAUAGAAAAAGUAUAGUCUCAUUGUAUCAAGACCGGUUAUCUCAUUCCUUAGGGUUGAUAUUUAUUGGACAUAUCUUCGAUUUAGGUCUCUUGUCUAAAUUAGACCCCUUUCGAGUAGAACGUAAAUUGAGUAGCACUGGACCUAAUGUUUGGUUUCGAGUUGCGACAUUAGGCUCUCGUUUUCUAUAUUCUAAAUUUGGAGUUACGUUGCUUGUAAUCUUAUUCUUGAUUAGCAGACAAUAUGUACAUGGCUCAGCAAUUAGCAAAUCAACAAUUAUUGAACCAAAA